AUGGCACGUACUAAGCAGACAGCGCGUAAAUCUACUGGAGGCAAGGCUCCUCGAAAACAAUUGGCAACAAAGGCAGCACGUAAAUCAGCGCCGUCCACUGGUGGUGUUAAAAAGCCGCAUCGUUACCGUCCAGGUACCGUUGCUCUUCGUGAAAUCCGUCGUUACCAGAAAUCUACCGAGUUGCUUAUCCGUAAACUUCCAUUCCAACGUUUGGUUCGUGAAAUAGCGCAAGAUUUCAAGACCGAUCUUCGUUUUCAGUCAGCAGCUAUUGGUGCCCUUCAGGAAGCUAGUGAGGCUUAUUUGGUGGGUCUGUUUGAGGACACUAACCUUUGCGCUAUUCACGCCAAACGUGUUACAAUCAUGCCAAAGGAUAUUCAACUGGCUCGUCGCAUCCGUGGAGAAAGGGCAUAA